AUGUUUUCUUCAACUAUCAAAAUUUCCUCAGUUAGUGAUUAUAUUGUACCAAGUUAGGAAUGUAUAAAACCUUUAAUGAAAAAUGUUAAACUUUAACUAGAUGAUCCUUCAAUUUAGCUAAAACCUAAUUUGAUUAAAAAUUAGAAUAAUGUUGCAAAAGUCUCAUUAUAAGAUUGUCUUGCAUGUAGUGGAUGUGUUACAACAGCAGAAACUAUAUUAAUUUAAACUUAAAGUCUCGAAGAGUUUUUGUCAGCUAUUAAGAAAUAUAAAAAUCCUGCUAUUGGAAUUAGUCCCUAAGCAAGAGCUUCUUUAUCUUAUGUAUUAAAUUUUACAGAUGUUUAAAUGCAUUCCAUAUUACAAUAAGUAUUUUAAGAAAUGAAUGUCACAUUAUAUGAUAUGAGUGAAUACACAAAAAUAGCUAUUAAUAACUCAAUUUAAGAGUUCAAAUAAACAAACAUUUUUCCAUUACUUUGUUCAGAAUGUCCAGGAUGGGUAUGUUAUGCUGAAAAGACUUUAGAUGAAUCUAUAAUUAAUCAUAUGAGUAAAGUUAAGAGUCCAUAAUAAAUAUUUGGAAAACUUCUCAAGAAUAAGCAUGAUUAUAUUGCCACAAUUAUGCCAUGUUAUGAUAAAAAGCUUGAAGCUGUUAGAGAAGAAAACAAUCAAGAUGUCAAUAUCGUUUUAAGUACUAGAGAAAUUGAAUAAUUUGUUAAGGAUUUCAUUCAGAAAUCAAAUGUUAUCCCUUAAUAAAUUCCACUUUCAACUCUAGCAAUCAAUUUAUAAGAAUAUCAUAAUUCAUCAUCAAAUAAUUACUUAGAUUAUAUAAUCUAAAGUAUUUUGAUUCCAAAUUGGAUAGUCAAAUAAAAUAUUAGAAAAAAUAAGGAUUUUAUUGAAAUUACUAUCUAUAAUGAAGAUAUGGAAUAAUAAGGCAUUUUUGCUCGUGUUUUUGGAUUAAAAAAUAUAGCUAAUUUAAUUACAUAAAUCAAAACAAAAACAUGUAAAUAUAAAUAUGUUGAAAUUAUGGCUUGCCCUUUAGGAUGUUUGAAUGGAGGAGGAUAAAUAUAAAUCUAAAAAAACACUGAAAAAGCAAUUGAUUUAGUAAUUUAUAUUUAUUAAUUUUAGAUACCAAAAUUGAAAGAAAUUAUGACAACUUAAAAAAUCUAGAUAGAUAAUUAAUAUGAGAAUGAGUAGGAAAUGUAUUUAACAUCAUUUAAACAUAUUAAAAAUGAGAAUAAUUUUUAAUGGUGA